GGCAAAGCCCUUCAAGGCACAGAGUGCUCACCCAGCACCAGAGGCCCCACGACCCUGGAGAGAACAGGGAAGGGGGCCACCAUGCUGUGGACAUUCACUCUCUUGCUCUUUUGCAUUCGGCUGAGUCUAGCAAUGGAAUCUCAACCGGAGCUGUGGAUAGAGUCCAACUACCCACAGGCCCCUUGGGAGAACAUCACACUUUGGUGCAGAAGCCCCUCUCAGAUAUCAAGCAAGUUCCUGCUGCUGAAGGAUAAGACACAGAUGACAUGGGUCCGCCCUUCCUACAAGACCUUCCAGGCUUCGUUCUUCUUAGGUGCCCUCACUGAAUCCAAAACAGGUCUUUAUAGGUGCUGCUACUGGAAGGAGACAGGCUGGUCAAAGCCCAGCAAAAUUCUAGAGUUGGAAGCACCAGGCCAGCUGCCUAAGCCCAUCUUCUGGAUCCAGGCUGAGACACCCCCUCUUCCUGGAUGUAACGUUAACAUCCUCUGCCAUGGCUGGCUGCAGGACUUGGUAUUCAUGCUCUUUAAAGAGGGGUAUGCAGAGCCUGUAGAUUACCAAGUCCCAACCGGGACAGUGGCCAUCUUCUCCAUUGACAACAUGACACCUGACAAGGAAGGGGUUUACAUCUGCCGCACUCACAUCCAGAUGCUCCCCACUCUCUGGUCAGAGCCCAGCGACCCCCUGAAGCUGGUUGUAGCAGGACUCUACCCAAAACCGUCUCUGACAGCAUCUCCUGGGCCCAUCAUGGCACCUGGAGAAAGUCUGAGUCUCAGGUGCCAAGGGCCAAUCUAUGGAAUGACCUUUGCUUUAAUGAGACUUGAAGACCUGGAGAUGUCUUUUUACUAUAAGAAGCCAAUAAAAAAUGAGGCAUACUUCUUCUUCCCGACUCUGAAGAUCCACGAUUCUGGACAUUACCUCUGUUUUUACUAUGAUGGGUCAUACAGGGGUUCACUGCUUAGUGAUAUCCUGAAAAUCUGGGUAACCGAUGCUUUUCCCAAGACCUGGCUCCUUGCUCGGCCUAGUUCUGUGGUUCCAUUGGGCCAGAACGUAAGCCUGAGGUGUCACGGAUCAGUGGACGGUGUGGGACUUGAACUGUAUAAGAAAGGAGAAGAGAAACCACUCCAGUUUUUGGAUGCCACCAGCGUUAGUGACAACAAACCAUUCUUGCUCCGUGAUGUGACCCACUAUGAUGCUGGCAUCUACAGUUGCCACUAUCGUCCCACCUGGAAGACCUCCAUUAGGACUGGAGCACACAACUCUGUGGAGCUUGUGGUUGUAGCUAAGCCUCCUAAACCCUCCCUGUCAGCUUGGCCCAGCACCCUGUUUAAGGAAGGAAAGAUCAUCACCCUUCAGUGCCGAGUAUCUCAUCCAGUACUUGAAUUUUGUCUGGAGUGGGAAGAAAGAACAGCAUUCUAUACAUUCUCAGAGGAUGGAGACUUCAUCAUCACUAACAUUGAAGGGAAAGGCACAGGGACCUACAGUUGCAGCUCUCGUGUAGAGGCGCCCCCUAAUAUCUGGUCACAUCGCAGUAAGCCUCUGAAGCUGAUGGGGCCAGCAGGCUUUGUCACCUGGAAUUCCAUUCUGAAUGAAGCUAUCAGGUUGUCCCUAGUCAUGCAGCUUGUUGCCCUGCUGCUUGUAUUGCUGUGGAUCAGGUGGAAGUGUCGGAGACUCAGAAUCAGACAAGCCUGGUUGCUGGGAACAGCUCAAGGGGUCACCAUGUUCUUCAUUGUCACAGCCCUUCUCUGCUGUGGACUGUGCAAUGGGGUACUGACAGAAGAGACCGAAAUAAUCAUGCCAACCCCUAAGCCUGAGCUGUGGGCAGAGACGAACUUCCCUCAGGCCCCGUGGAAGAACUUAACCCUGUGGUGCAGAAGCCCUUCUGGUUCGACGAAGGAGUUUGUGUUGCUGAAGGAUGGGACCGGGUGGAUCGCAACUCGCCCAGCCUCAGAGCAGGUCCGGGCUGCCUUCCCCCUUGGCGCCCUGACCCAGGGUCGCAGAGGGAGUUACCACUGCCAUUCAUGGGAGGAGAUGGCUGUUUCCGAGCCCAGUGAAGCACUUGAGCUGGUGGGGUCAGACAUCCUUCCCAAACCUGUCCUUUCAGCUUCUCCCCCAAUCCGGGGCAAGGAACUGCAAAUCCGGUGCAAAGGAUGGCUGGCAGGCAUGGAGUUUGCUCUCUACAAGGAGGGAGAGCAGGAACCUGUCCAGCAACUUGGUGCUGUGGGGAGAGAAGCCUUCUUUACAAUCCGAAGAAUGGAAGAUAAAUAUGAAGGCAAUUACAGCUGCCGCACACACACAACAACACUCCCCUUCAAGUGGUCUGAGCCCAGUGAGCCCCUGGAGCUUGUCAUAAAAGAAAUGUACCCCAAACCCUUCUUCAAGACAUGGGCCAACUCUCUGGUCACCCUGGGUACCCGAGUGACUUUCAACUGCUCUACUCCACUCCAGCACAUGAGCUUUAUUCUGUACAAAGAUGGCAGUGAAAUAGCGUCCAGUGACCGCUCUUGGGCAAAUCCAGGGGCCAGUACAGCUCACUUCCUCAUCAUUUCAGUGGGCAUUGGCGAUGGAGGGAACUACAGCUGCCGCUAUUAUGACUUUGAUAUUUGGUCUGAGCCCAGCGAUGCAGUAGAACUUGUGGUGACAGAAUUCUACCCCAAACCCACUCUCCUGGCCCAGCCAGGUCCAGUGGUGCUUCCUGGGAAGAAUGUGACCCUGCGCUGCCAAGGGACUUUGACAGGCAUGAGGUUUGCCCUCUUGCAGGAGGGCUCCCAGGCUCCCUUACAGUUCCAGAGUGCCACAGGGAGCUCAGCUGACUUCCUCCUCCACACUGUGGGAGCAGAGGACUCUGGGAACUACAGCUGCAUCUACUAUGAGACAACCAUGUCGAACCGGGGCUCGUAUUUCAGUAUGCCUCUCAUGAUCUGGGUGACCGACACAUUCCCCAAGCCGUGGCUAUUUGCUGAACCCAGUUCUGUGGUGCCCAUGGGGCAGAAUGUUACACUCUGGUGCCAGGGGCCAGUCCAUGGAGUAGGGUACAUUUUGCACAAGGAAGGAGAACCCACUUCAAGGCUGCUCUGGAGGUCCACUAGUAUUGAUGGGGCAUUCCCCAUCACCAAUAUAUCUGCUGCUAGCAUAGGCCGUUACAGCUGUUGCUACCACCCUGACUGGACCAGCUCCAUAAAGAUACAGCCCAGCAACACCUUGGAACUCAUGGUCACAGGCUUACUCCCCAAACCCAGCUUGCUAGCCCAGCCUGGCUCCAUGGUGGCCCCUGGAGAAAAUGUGACUCUGCAGUGCCAAGGGGAACUGCCAGACUCAACGUUUGUCCUGUUGAAGGAAGGGAUUCAAGCACCCUUAGAACAUCUGAGGCCAAGAGGGGACAGGGCAGACUUCUGGAUGCCAGUGGUGAGAGGUGAAGAUUCUGGGAUCUAUAGCUGUAUUUAUUAUCUGGACUCUGCUCCCUUUGCAGCUUCAAAUCACAGUGACUCGCUGGAGAUCUGGGUGACUGAUAAGCCUCCUAAACCCUCUUUGUCAGCCUGGCCCAACACUGUGUUCAAGCUGGGGAAGGACAUCACCCUUCAGUGUCGAGGACCCUUGCCAGGUGUGGAAUUUGUCCUAGAACAUGAGGGGGAGGAAGCCCCUCAGCAGUUCUCAGAGGAUGGAGACUUUGUCAUCAACAACGUAGAAGGAAAAGGCAUAGGAAACUACAGCUGCAGCUACCGCCUCCAGGCCUCCCCUGAUAUCUGGUCAGAGCCUAGUGAUCCCCUGGAGCUGGUGGGAGCAGCGGGCCCUACCACUCAAGAGUGCACUGUGGGUAACAUUGUCAGAAGUAGCCUGAUCGUGGUGGUUGUGGUAGCCUUGGGGGUGGUGCUAGCUGUAGAAUGGAAGAAGUGGCCGCGACUGCGAACCAGGGGUUCAGAGACAGAUGGCAGAGACCAGACCAUAGUGCUUGAGGAGUGUAAUCAAGAAGGAGAGACAGGGACCACCACGAACUCGCCCUCGUCAACCUCCCGGGGGCUCUCAGUGGAUGUGCCAGUCCCAAUAUAAUGAUCUUAUUUUCCAGAGUUUUCUUCUCCUCUCUUUCACCCUCAGAGACCUGAGAUUCUCAUUAGUUACCCUGGGAGUCAGCCCCAUCUACUGUUCUUUGACCUCUGAUAACCUAAGUUGAGUCAAGGGGAUUCUGGGAGUUGCAAGCUCCACCAGGUCGAGAUGUUUGCUGAAGAGAGGUUCCGCACCCCCAUUCCUCACUGUACUGACUUACUGGUGCAUGAAAUUCUAUUAUAAUGUAUUCUUCUGAAUAAAGAGUCUAUUCACUAUUUAACU